AUGGAGGGAGAUCCCGAAAUGGAAAGCCUUUUGGCCCAGAGACAGGCCCUUUUGGAUCAGAUGAAGGCCCAGGGCUUGGAGCCGGCCAGCAAGAAGGAUGGUCCGUCACGUGGCACCUCCUGGCACUCCUCCCAGACGGGUUCCCAGCAGCAGUUCCCCUCUUUGCCACCGCCUGACACCCCAAGCGAGCAAACUUCGCCUGUCCGCCAAACCUUCCCUGACACAGUGCAGGACUCGGCCCCCGAGACCCAGCAGCCACAAAGCCAGACCGGCCAGCCUGUUCAAAUCAAGAAGCCUGAAGAAAGCCAGGCCAGCCAGAGCCAGUCCCUUGAAAGCAAAAAGCCCGCAGAAAGCCAGGCCAGCCAGAGCCAGUCCUUUGAAAGCAAAAAGCCCGCAGAAAGCCAGGCCGCCCAGAGCCAGUCCCUUGAGAGCAAAAAACCCGCAGAAAGCCAGGCCGCCCAGAGCCAGUCCCUUGUGCCCAGUGAAACCAAGACCCGGGAGCAAGCCACAACUGGCCAGGAUCAGCAGGCAAAAGCCAAAGCCCAGCCCAAACGACUCCUUCCCAGCAGCAAAGCCAAGCCAGGCCAGACGAAGGAGGAUGAUGAGUAUUGUCUAGGAGAGGAGGAUCAGGCCAUCGCCCCUCCCGCACAGGUGAGCAAAGCCACCCUGAUGAAACGGCUGGCCCGGUUGUGUACGCCAAGGGAGGAUGGAUCAUGCAAGAUACCACAGGAUGUUAUCAACACUUACAAGAACAUCGAAACUAGGGAGCAAGUCUACCGGAGCUUCGAGAAGUGUGGUUGCGACCCGGUGCUGUUCUCGAAAAGAAUCAACCGAAAGUACGAAGAGAUCAACGAGAAAUCGGUGGAAACCGAGUUCGAAUUCCUGACAGAACAGGAAAUGGAAGAGAAAGGCUGGAGCGAGAAGAAGAUCAAGGGCGCCAAGAGAAGCUGUGAGAAACGGCCCGGAUGGAAGAGGAAGUCUGAAUACUGCGAUGAGUGGAUGUAUUGGGUGGCUGUGAGGGUCAAGGGCUCCAACAAGAAAACCAAGAGGCACACUGUGGCCGAGAUUCUCGAAGGUGAGGAUCAGGGAGACGGCCAGGAUCCAGAGGAGGCCAUGAAGGAGUUCCCGCACGAGGGCGAGGACGAGAAUGCAGCGGCCGGAGGAGAUGAUGAGUCCGACGAGGACAGCAGCGAUAAUGGAGAAGAGGCCAGCAGAAUACUGAAGAAAGUGAUGUUCCCAGAGGUUGGCAAACGACCUCAAGAGGUGCUGCUGCUCGUCACUGCAUGUCUACAGAAACGGAGCUCGAAACUCGUGCCGGUUCUCCAAAAACUCGAGUCCAUGGAGAAAAACAUGCCUCUCUCGAGUUCACAGGUCAAGUACAAGGAGAGCUUGAAAACGAUCCUGGAGAAGCUCACCGAGCUGGAGGACGAGCUCACGACGAUCUACAGCAACGGGGUUGCUGUUGGGUUCACGAAAGAGGACCAGAAGAAGAUGCGAGCCCAGUUCCAGAUCGCCAAGACGAGGGCCGUCGAAGCUGAGAUGAUCUUCGAACGUUCCAAGAAUAUCAAGAUGCCGGCGAACGCCGCAAGCACCCCGAAGACCGAGCCGAAAGUGAAAGCAAAGCCAAAGCAGGCUGCAGCGAAGGGUUCCGGUGAUGAGACUGCCGGCAACUUCGGCCGAGCAGCUCAAUAUGCUGAAAUGCUGGGUGAGGGUGCUCGGUCCUCGGAUCAGGCCACUGCCAAGGACACCAAGCGGUGUCUCCGACAAAUGCAGCACCCCAACGAGCCGGAGGAGAAACGGAGACAGGCCCCGAACGAGGAGAGAGAUUGCCACACUUUCUUUAAACGCUGGGGUUUAUCUUUGCCUGUGCCAAUAACGGAAAAGACCUUCGUGCUGGAGGACAGAGAGAAAGCUGAGACUGCAUUUAUAAAAGUGCAAGACUGGUUGCUGUAUCUCUUGAAACGCAAUCGCUCAUUGCUCGCUGGGGGCAACGAGUCUUUGGAGUUCCAACUGCAGGCCUACUGGAUGGCUUACAGGCAGACUCACAGCACCCAUCCGGUGUUCGAUCGAGGGCUGGACCUCGGGACCACGAUUCCAUUGGCUUUUUAUUCAGAUGAAGGCAAAGGCCCGAAGCGAGGCAACUUCGUGGUGGCCUCCAUCGAGUCACCGAUAGGUUUGUGGGACGUGGCCGAGGACUUUUCUUGCACUUGCGAAGAGGAUGUGAAGAAGGCACCGCAGCAGUUUGUUCCGGGCCAGCAAGCAGCCGGCCCGUACACGCCGAUGGAGGAGGCCGCCCUCAAGCAAACCCAUACAAAUAAAGGCCACUCCUACCUCACCAGACAUGUGCUUUUCGGCCUCCCAGAUUGGGUUUACAAACACCAUCCAGAAGUUUUGGAGCAGCUGACCCAGCAGGUUGCUGACGAGCUCUCGCUGCUUUUUUCUUCGGGCCUGGAGGUUGGUGGGAAGGUUUACACGGCUUGCCUUGUUGGGAUCAAGGGCGAUAUGAAACAAAUCGCUGAAAAAAUCGCCUAUCUCAACAGAUACUAUGCUCGUUUGGGCCCUGUGAACUUCAACGGUGUCUGUGCACAUUGCAUGGCGGGUACAAGUGCCGCCAUUCCUUUCGACGAGCUGGCUCACGAGCCAUCCUGGGCUUCGACGCUUUAUCAGGAGCGACCUUGGGACUCAACACCUGGUAUGUGCUCAGUUCCACACGACAACGAUGCACCGGAAAGAGUUCUCAAGUAUGACAUGUUUCAUCUUUUCAAGGUUGGCCUUGGACGUGAUAUUUGUGGCUCCCUGGUUUUUUUGGCCCGCCUUGGAUAUUACGAUGAUCCCAAUGGCACCGACGAUGCAAACAUCGUCUCGAGGCUCAAUCGUUGCUACAGUCAUUUCAAACUGUGGCGACUGGCUGCCGGAAAAACGGCUGCAGUUCGAUACUUUUCCAAGCCACUCUUCAAUCUCAAGCGGCUCACCGAUUUCGCCUGGGCGAACACCAAGGGUUCAGAUACAAUGCUUUUGUUGGAAUAUCUCAGCUUCUAUGUGAAGAUCCUGCUGAGAAGACCCAACUUGCCGGCCACGCAUGCUGUUUUGUUUCGUCUGCUGAAGAAGACGAUCCUGGAGUCCCAGAAGGCCUUCGCUUUGAUGUACAAACAUGGUCUGUGGCUGAGGAGGGCAUGUGCCCAAAAUCUCUAUUUGAGAUUGAUGUCCGUACUGUCGGGCUACCAGCAUCUGGCUCAGCAUGCUUUGUCGAUGAAGAUGCCGUUUUUUGCACUGAAACCCAAAUUCCACGGCAUCCAUCAUGUGGCCUAUGAGAUCCGAACAGCAUUGCUGACCAAUGCAAAGCUCAUCCCGAACCCCAUCAUGUGGGGGUGUGAGCAAGGAGAGGACCUCAUCGGCCGAGUCUGUGCUCUAUCGGUCAAAGUUUCGGUGACGACUAUCAGCAAGAGGGUGCUGCAGAGACACUUCCUGAAAAAGGCGGCCCUCAUUAGGAGGCACCGACAAGUCCGAUCCUCCCGAAAGCUGCGGCUCUGA